CUUGACAAAUUGACAUAUAUGUGAACAAUUCGGAAAAGUUUUUAAUUUUAUUUAACAAAAAAAAUUAUUCUAAUUUAAUUUUUGGAAUGAACCAAUUGUGCCAUUGUUAAAGAAAAUUUGGAACUAAAAAAAACUCUGACUUCUAGCAAUAUUCAAACGCACUGUAUUAACACCUUAAAUUUCGCCGCGUGGUUUUAUAUCUAAUCUAAGCAUUUGCAGUUUAUUAUUAGAUUAAAAAGCGACCCAAUUAUAAAAAAUAUCAAAAUGUCAACAGAAGCAAUGGAAGAGUUAUCUUUAAAUUCAAGCGAGAGCAAUGUAGCUGAAGAACAACCAAAAAAAGUUAAAAAACCAAAACCGAAUAAUAAAAAAUUACGUGAAGCGGCCAAAAAAGCUGCUUUGGAAAAUGGGGAAGUAAUUGAAACAGAAAUUGAAAAUAAAAGGACUGAGUCUGAACCCCAAAUUCCUCCAGUUCCCAAACCAAAAAAGAAUAAAAAAAAGACGGGAGGAAAAGUAGACGAGUCACGUCAAACUGACCCACCAUCUAUUGCAAUUUCGAAAUUAUACCCUGAUGAAAACUUUCCAGAAGGGGAAAUUUUGCCUCAUGGUGGUGAUGAUACAACAGCAAAGGAUCGUAUGACAAGCGAGGAAAAAAGAACUUUGGAUCGAAUGCACAAUGAUGUUUAUAAAGAAGUAAGACAAGCUGCUGAAGCACAUCGCCAAACGCGGCAAUAUAUGCAAAAAUGGAUAAAACCUGGGAUGACAAUGAUCGAAAUUUGCGAAGAACUUGAAGGUAUUGCUCGUAAAUUAAUUAAUGAAAACGGAUUAGAAGCCGGUUUAGCUUUUCCUACCGGUUGUUCAUUAAAUCAUUGCGCUGCACAUUAUACCCCAAAUGCUGGUGAUACAACCGUUUUAAAUUACGAUGAUGUAUGCAAAAUUGAUUUCGGUACUCAUAUAAAUGGGCGCAUAAUAGAUUGUGCAUUUACAUUGACGUUUAAUCCAAAAUACGACAAACUAUUACAGGCGGUAAAAGAAGCAACUAAUACGGGAAUCAAAGAAGCUGGAAUUGAUGUAAGACUCUGUGAUAUUGGAGCUGCAAUUCAAGAAGUUAUGGAAUCGUAUGAAGUUGAACUUGAUGGGAAAACUUACCAAGUGAAAAGUAUUAGAAAUUUAAAUGGACACUCUAUAAGUCCAUACAGAAUACAUGCUGGUAAAACUGUUCCCAUUGUUAAAGGUGGUGAAACAACUCGAAUGGAAGAAAACGAAUUCUAUGCGAUUGAGACCUUUGGUUCAACCGGACGCGGCUUAGUGUAUGAUGAUAUGGAUUGUUCGCACUAUAUGAAGAAUUUUGAUGCUCCAUAUGUACCAUUACGUUUGCAAUCGUCGAAACAACUGUUAAGUAUAAUCAACAAAAAUUUUGGUACUUUAGCAUUUUGUAAACGUUGGUUGGACAGGGCCGGCGCAACAAAAUAUCAAAUGGCUUUAAAAGAUCUUUGUGAUAAGAAAGUAGUCGAAGCCUAUCCGCCAUUAUGCGAUAUAAAAGGAUGUUACACAGCGCAGUAUGAGCACACCAUUAUACUUAGGCCGACAUGUAAAGAAGUCGUGUCCAGAGGCACAGAUUAUUAGGUUUUCGUUUUUAUUUCUAUUAUGGACAUAAAUGUUAUGACAACAAUCACGGUUGAACUAUUAUUCUGAAGAACAAAAAGAAAAAGGAAAACUAUAAUAUUCAUUGAAAAAUGAAUUUUGUUAAUAAUUUUGUAAAAAUAAAUCUUGUAUCAGAAAUAAUAAAAAUUUUAUCGCCGCAAAA